AUGGCGGCGGCGGGGACCGAGCCCUGUCUGACCUCCGCUGCAUCCCCCCAGCUCCGGGAGCAGCAGGAGGAGAUUGAGAACAUGAUGAACGCCAUCUUCAAGGGCAUCUUUGUGCACCGCUACAGAGACGUGGUGCCCGAGAUCAGGGCCAUCUGCAUGGAGGAGCUGGGGACGUGGAUGAGGAGCUACACGGCCUCUUUCCUCACCGACGGCUACCUCAAGUACAUCGGCUGGACCCUGCACGACAAGCAAGGGGAGGUACGGCUGCAGUGCGUGAAGGUGCUGCAGGGGCUGUAUUGCUGCCGGGACACAGCCGCCCACAUGGAGCUCUUCACCAGCCGCUUCAAGGUACUUGGGACCCCUGUGUCUGUGUCCCCCAUGGGUCUGGCCCCGGAGCAGGGGCUCUGUCCCCACAGGAGCGGGUACGUGGGACCCCCGUGUCCCUGUCCCUUGGGGCGCUGUCCCCUGUACGUCCUGCUCAGACUGCUGGACCCCCAGCGAGAGCCAUCUCGUGAUGGGGACAACAGGACCUUCUUCCGGCUGCUUCUGGCCUUCUUCAUCGAGAGCGAGCUCCACGAGCACGCCAUCUACUUGGUGGACAGCCUGUGGGACUGCGCCGGGCCCCGGCUGAGGGACUGGGAGACCAUCAGCACUUUGCUGCUGGAGGAGUCGCCCACCGAGGGCCUGGUGGACCAGCAGGAGAAGGCACUGGUGGAGAUCCUGGCGGCCAGCGCGGUCCGGGCAGCUGAGGGGCCGCCCCCGGGGGGCCGCCGGUGGCGGUGUGUCCUGGUCCCUCCCGCAGUCCUGUCACCUCCUGCCACCUUGUUCUCCCCGCAGCACCUGGAGCUGGUGCUGGGGCAGCUGCAGGAGGUGGUGGAGAAGCACACAGGGCAGGCGGUGCUGGAGGCAGCAUCCCGCGCGCUCCACGCGCUCUGCGACCCCGAGCUGCCCCUGCACGGCCGCGGCGACCUGGUGCGCAGCCGCCUCGCCGACCAGCUAGCCGACAAGUUCCACCAGGAGGUCACUGAGCUGCUGCAGGCAUCGUCCCUGGACGAGGAGGAGGUGUACAGCAUGGCGGCCACGCUGAAGAGGAUCUCCGUCCUGUUCAACGCCCACGACCUGACGCCCUGGCAGCUCUUUGAGCCCUGUGCCCAGCUCCUGCAGCACGCCGUGGACACGGGCGAGGUGCCCCCGCAGGUCCUUGUCCCUGCCAUCACCUGCCUCCACUUCCACAUCCUCUGGGAGCUCUCGCGUCUGCCCAGCACUGAUAUCCCCCAGGAGCAGCUGCAGAUCCUGAAGACUAGAGUCACCUCCUUCUGCUCGCUGUGCCAGAGCUGCCUGUCCGACAUGGACGCCGGCGUCUGCCAGCAGGCCUUCAUGGUGCUCAGCGACCUGCUGCUGGUGUUGGGGCCCCAGCUGCCGCGGGACGGACGGGACGCCCUGGCCCCGCUGGUGCUGCUGCCCGAUGCCGGGCUGCAGUCCCAGUUGGCCGCCUUCCUCAUGGACCACGUCUUCCACCACUCCAGCGGCCACGAGGAGCUCUCGGCCAUGGAGGACACCGAGAACCGCAUUGAGGAGUUGCACCAGCGCCGGGUGCUCUUAGCCGGCUUCUGCAAGCUCAUCAUCUACGACGUGCUGGAGAUCAGCGCUGCCUCCGACGUCUUCAAGCACUACGCCAAGUGUUACAGCGACUAUGGGGACAUCAUCAAAGAGACGCUGAACUGCACCCGGCAGAUCGACCGGCAGGAGUGGGCUCGCACCUUGCUGCUCAGCUUGCAGCAGGUGACCCGCAAGGACGUGCUGGACGUCUACAUCGAGCACCGGCUGCUGCUGGAGCAGCGUGGCCGGGAGGGGGGUGACACCCGUAACCCCCAAAACCAGUACCCCCCCGAACUGCUGCGGCGCUU